ACAGGCAGAGGAGGGGGUGCCAGGUGCAGCGGACGGAGCAGCCCCCUUGCCCACCCUGCUGCUCAGCUGCGGACAGAGGCGUCUCUGGGUGUGUCAGACCCCCUUCCCCAGAGAGAUGGAGCCCUACGUGAUCCAGGUGAACGGCAGCGCUGCCCGCCCCUCCUUCCUAGACGUCCGCGUCAACAUGGCCGGGAAGGGGCCCCCUUUGGGCAAGGCCAGGGGGCGCAAGGCCCACUGGGCAGUCCGGGCCUCGGACAUGUCCAAGAGGACCUUCAACCCCAUCAGAGCCAUUGUGGACAGCAUGAAGGUGGAGCCCAACCCGAGGAAGCCCCUGAUCUCUCUCUCCAUCGGGGACCCAACCGUGUUCGGGAACCUCCCCACGGACGAUGAGGUCACUCAGGCCAUGAAAGAAGCCCUGGAUUCGGGGAGGUACAAUGGCUACGCUCCGUCAGUGGGUUACCUGUCUUGCCGGGAGGUGGUUGCCACCUAUUACGAUCGCCCAGAAGCCCCUCUGGAAGCCCAGGACGUGAUCCUGACAAGUGGCUGCAGCCAAGCCAUCGAGCUGGCUCUGGCCGUGCUGGCAAACCCUGGGCAGAACAUCCUGGUGCCUCGGCCGGGCUUCUCCCUCUACAAGACCUUGGCUCACUCCCUGGGAAUCGAGGUCAAGUUCUACAAUCUCUUGCCAGAGAAGUCCUGGGAGGUUGACCUGAAGCAGCUGGAGUCCUUGGUGGACGACAAGACGGCCUGCCUGAUUGUGAACAACCCAUCCAACCCCUGCGGCUCCGUCUUCAGCAGAAGCCACCUCCAGAAGAUCCUGGCAGUGGCCUCCAGGCAGUGCGUCCCCAUCUUGGCUGAUGAGAUCUAUGCAGACAUGGUGUUUGAAGACUGCAAAUACGAGUCCCUUGCAAAGCUCAGCACCAAUGUGCCCAUCCUGUCCUGUGGAGGGCUGGCCAAGCGGUGGUUGGUGCCUGGCUGGAGAAUGGGCUGGAUCCUCAUCCAUGACCGCAGGGAGAUCUUUGGGAAGGAGAUCAGAGACGGCCUCCUGCGGCUGAGCCAGAGGAUCCUGGGGCCUUGCACGGUGGUCCAGGGAGCUCUGGGCCGCAUCCUGCGCCGGACGUCCCCGGAAUUCUACCACAACACCCUCAGCUUCCUCAAGUCCAACGCUGACCUCUGCUAUGCCGCCCUGUCCACUGUCUGUGGGCUGCACCCUGUCCGGCCCUCGGGGGCCAUGUACCUCAUGGUGGGGAUCCAGAUGGAGCAUUUCCCAGAGUUUGAAAACGACGUCGAGUUCACGGAACAGCUCAUUGCUGAGCAGUCGGUCUUCUGCCUGCCGGCCACGUGUUUCGAGUACCCCAACUUCUUCCGCGUGGUGAUCACGGUGCCCGAGGAGAUGAUGGCGGAGGCCUGCCGGCGCAUCCAGCAGUUCUGCGAGCAGCAUUAUCAGGGCGGGGAGGGGGCCCAGGACCUGGAAUGCGACAAGUAGCUGAGGGCCCCCCCGCCACCGCCACUCCAGUCCCGCUGCGUCCUGCUCUCCUGGGCCGCCCCACACCUCCGCCCCCUCCCUGGGGCUCCCGCUCAACACCCAGCUUGGAGACACUCCUGCCCGGCCACUCCCUCAGCAGUGGGGCCCCCUGGCAUCCUCUUGGGGGGUGAGGGAGGAGUGCUGCUGGAGCUGAGGAGGAAGACCCCCCCCUUCCUGCUCACUAGCACCCAAACCGGAGCCAAAGUGGAGUGCCUGCCCACCCACCCCCUGCGGCAGAGGCAGGGCUGACCCUGGCUUGCCUUGGGCCCACUGGGCAAGGCCCAUGUUCCCCUUGGCCCCCUUGCUCAUAACUUAUUAUCUCUUUUGUAUGAAUAAAUGCAUGGAAAGAUUA